AUGGUGUGCUUCUACGUUUGGCCACCCCUGGGCUAUACCAAGACACCCGAUGUGUUCAGUGUAAGAUGGGGCAGGGAGAAGGAGGUCAAGGCUCGAAGUCGCUUCAUUGCCGAUGAAGCACCAAAGCACAGCGGCUUUGAGGUCAGGAAGUGUGGUUUGUUUGUGGAUUCCGAGAGGCCAUAUUUAGGAGCUUCCCCUGAUGGUGUUGUGUCUUGUUGUUGUUGCACAGACGCAGUACUGGAGAUUAAAUGUCCAGCGUCAUGUGCAAACCUUACAAUUGACGAAGCUAAGGCAAGACUGCCAUACCUUGAUGCUGACGCACGUCUAAAAGAAGAUCACUUGCAUUAUGCUCAGGUCCAAAUGCAGAUGGCACUUGUUGAAACAACCAGAGCAUUCUUUGUCGUCUUCACAAAUGUGGACAUAAAUGUGGAAGAAGUGAAGUUUAAUGAGGGCUUUUGGAACACGGCCGUCAGUGAGGCAGAGGAGUUCUACUUAAGUCACAUUUUCCCUGAAAUUCAUGGCAGAGAACUGCUGAAAAAAAUUGAGGAUGCAAACACCAUGUGCAUUUGUAAAACACAGAAGUCCGGAUCUGUCCUACGAUGCGAGGUAUGUAAUGUAGCCGUCCACCUGAAAUGUAUGAAACUGCGACGUACGCCUAUAACAUGGGUGUGCUUAGUUUAUAAACUUGCAAAAUAGACCUACUGUUUAUUGCAAGUGGGUUAGUACCAGUGGUGUCAAUUUAGCAGUUUUCUCGCAAGAUUUAGCAGAGUGGUGUGUUUAACUAGAGAUAUUGUUUAUUUGCGGAUGGCGGGAUUUCCAGCGGUUUCAAAUGUCUUAAUAUUGACGGUUUCAAAUGUGCUUCAUCGGCAAAAAGUUCAUUGUGAUUUAGCACUUGGUUAGUAGUCAAGACAAGUCAAGAUCACCAUCCAAACAGCAACAGUGCGGGUAACACUCGUGACAUCAUGGAGACAUUGUAGUGGAAAACUGCCGAACACGACACUUGCGCGCACAUGUUUGAAUUUGUUUUACAGUUCGUAGGAAGAACGCUCACGACAUCAUUGGUGGUGGGCAUCGGAACACGUAACUUGUGAGACCACGUUGGAGAUGAAGUCGCUGACAUCUUUCUUUGAAUAUGUUGUGUUGCCACCAGUUCUUGGUCAAACAAGUGAAAGAAGAGAAACCUGUAACUGUAUUUUUAAUAUGUAUAGAUCUCGUAAACUAAUCAAGGAAAUAAAAUGUUAAAAA